AUGGCCUCUCUCUUACGCGAAUCCCCAGCGGGCCAGCUGCUGCGCUUAGUCACUCGCAACAGGAUUCUCCUCUAUCCGGAGGAAAAGCCCGAUUUCAAGUUCCCAGAAGCGUGGCUUAGCGUCAUUAACGGGAAAGAUGAACAGCCGGUAUCUGACGCUCAUGCCGGGCAGCUAUCCUCUUCUUCGUACCUGUCCAACGAGGAGGAGAGUCAGCUAUCUAACCCACACGGCAUCACUAGCAGCGACUGCAAUGGCCGUGGCUCGAAUGCCGCUUCCUCUUCGAUGAAGCCAAACCAAAGCAAGACACGAGAUGAGACGGAUCCGUCCACGGAGGAGCUCGCAAAGGUCGACAACGAGCAAGAACUCAACGAAUCAACAUCUCUACCCAUAUCCCCGAGGAUGGAGAAUGGUGUUAUUCUGGUCGACUGGUAUACUAGCAAUGACGCGGAUAACCCGCUGAAUUGGUCCCAUUUCCGUCGUGGCCUCAUCACCUUCUUUCUUUACCUCUACACUUCUGUUAUAUACAUGUCGUCAGCGAUUUAUACCCCAUCCCAGAAUGGAGUGAUGGAAGAGUUCGAAGUCAACCACGCUCAGUCUGCGUUAGGUCUAGCACUGUUCGUCCUUGGAUAUGGUAUUGGGCCUUUACUCUUCAGCCCUCUUGGCGAGGUCCCGUCUUUCGGCCGCAGUUGGGUGUACAUUAUCACGAUGUUCCUCUACGUCGUGGUCUCUAUUCCUACUGUUCUGGUUUCAAACUAUCCCGGUCUUAUGGUGUUGCGCUUCCUCCAAGGGUUCCUCGGCUCACCGUGCUUGGCUUCGGGUGGAGCAACGCUGGGAGAUAUGUACGAUUUGAUCGACCUGCCGUACGCGCUAAUAGGUUGGGUUUCAGCCGUGUGGUGCGGUCCGGCUCUGGGACCCCUAAUUGCUGGUUGGUCUGUAUCUGUCAUGGGAUGGCGUUGGUCACUCCUCGAGGCCUUGUGGGCGGCCUCGUUCAUGUUCGUAAUUAUGCUCUUCUUUCUGCCUGAGACGUCCCAAGACCAUAUUCUAUUGAGGCGUGCACAACGGCUGCGUCGCCUUACAGGGGAUGAACGUCUGAUGUCCAAGAGCGAAAUGAACGAGGCGAAACUCAAAUUCAGGGAGGUUGUCGGUGAAGCCCUUUUCAAACCCAUGGAGAUUACGUUUAAGGAUCCAGCCAUGAUCUUCUUGCAAGUUUACACAUCAAUUGUGUACGGAAUAUAUUACUCGUACUUCGAGGUCUUUCCUCUAGUGUACCAAGAUAUUUUCGGCAUGUCGGUCGGCCAAAUGGGUAUCGUGUUUCAGUGUAUCUUCGUGGCUAACGCCAUCGGUAUCGCCAUGUACGUUGCUUACCUGGCAUUCUACCUCAAUCCACGCAUCCGGACAUGCGGGUUUCCCGUACCUGAGGUUCGCAUGGUCCCUUCCAUGCUUACCUCAUUCGGUGUUACCGGCGGCCUCUUCAUCUUUGCCUGGACGGCCCGCCCGAAUUACCCCUGGAUCGCCAGCGUUAUCGGCAUCACCGUAUACAGCUCCAAUCUCUUCAUUGUAAUGCAAUGCAUCUUUGUCUACAUCCCGGUGUCAUACCCGAAGUACUCGGCGAGCCUUUUUGCUGCAAACGAUUUCUUCCGCAGCUCUUUGGCAUUCGGCUGCGUUCUUUUCGGCCGACCGCUCUUCGUUAACCUUGGAGUUGAUCGCGGAGUUUCGAUUCUGGCUGGUCUGUCAGGACUCGGUAUAAUAGGUGUAUGGAUCUUGUACUUUUAUGGCGGGAAGCUGCGAUCAAUGUCCAGGUUCGCCACCAAGGACUAA